AUGCUCGAGUCGCAUCCAGAACCUUUCCAUCAUGCCCAUUCAGACCGCCUCGUGCACCGCUCCGACUCCUCCCGCAGCAGCAACGAUGCCGCCGCGCCGUUAUUCUCGGCACGCGAGUUCCGCAGCGGCAGCGAGGGAAGCGCAAGUCGUGCGAUUAGCGCCGGAUUUCACAUUCGCGGCUGCAGCAGCGGCGGCCACAGCAGCCACGUGGCAGAGCUAGCAGAGGUGUUCGAGCUCAUGGAUCGCGACGGCGAUGGGCGAAUCUCCUGCGACGAGCUCGCGACGCUCCUGCGAACAACCGGCGAGGCAAGCGGGGAGGAAGACACAGAAGCGGCGGUCCGCGCAAUGAUGGCGCAGGCUGACGUGGACGGCGACGGGACCAUCGAUUUCGACGAGUUCGUGCGAGUCAACGCGGUCGCCGCCGCCGACGCCGCCGCAGCCGCGUGCGACCCGGAAAACGCGGAAGCGGCGGCCGCGGUGCAGCAGGAGGAGCUGCGAUCUGUGUUCGCGUUCUUCGACCGCGACGGCGACGGCGUGAUCACCGCUGAGGAGCUGUGUCGCGUGCUGCGCGCGCUGUGGGGCCCCGGCGAGGACGUGACGAUGGAGGAGUGCGAGCGCAUCGUGCGCGCGGCGGACGGCAACGGCGACGGCGUGGUGGACCUGGAGGAGUUCGCGCGCGUCAUGGCGGGAUCCGCGCUCAUCCCCGCGCCCCUGGCGUGGGCCGCGUAG